AUGGAAUGCAAAAAGUGCCUUCUUCCAGUGGCAACAAAAGACCAACCGUACAUAUAUUGCAAUGCAUUGUGUGCCGCACCAACGUACGUACUACAACGUGACGUAGAUGAACUGAAAGCUAAAGUUGCAUCUAUUUUGUCGGUGAUUACGUCGCAUGAGAACAAUCACUCGGAUACCAGGAUAUGCCAUUCAACACCGAAUUCAUCGCGGCAGAAGGAAGAAGGAACAAGUGAAAUAGCACACGCAUUUGAUACUGCGAGUCGGUUACCUGAUUCGAUUUGCGACGACGAGAACUUCGAUUUGUUGCUGACUAACAUCGAUGGAAGCGUUUCGGAGGAAGAUGUGCAUCUCAUGAUUUCCCGCUGCUUGGGCACUUUUGAAAAUGAGCGUAUUAACGUUAGAAAAUUAGUUCCACGAUGGGUUGACUGCAGUGCACUUGACUAUGUUUCCUUCAAAAUAGUAUUAAAUCGUAAAUGGAAAUCUGCCGCAAUGAUGUCAUCUACUUGGCCUGGAAACAUUAGAUUUAGAGAGUUUAAAAAAUUAAGAUGCCCGUGGAAACCCGAUAUUUUGUAA